AUGGGCAAGGACUCCAACAUGUCGAAGGACCCGCCGAAGCACCAGAUGUACUACUUCAAGGACCUGGCUUCGGAAGUAAGGUCUUUUAAGCAGUUCAGGAAGGUUUUGCAUACCGGACUCUACAGUCAAUUGGUAGCGAUGGAGAUCCCGGUUGGAGGUGACAUUGGCGAUGAAGUACAUACCGUGGAUCAGGUCUUAUUGUUCACGAGUGGCGAGGCGAAGGCAAUUGUUGCUGGGAAGGAGCAGAACGUCAAAGCGUCCGACGUGGUUGUUGUUCCUGCCGGUACCCAGCAUCAGUUCAUCAACACUUCAAAGACACAGCCACUGGAAGUCGUCACGAUUUAUAGCCCCGCGGAACACGAUCCCCAAACCGUCCACAAGACAAAAGAAGAAGGAGAUGAAGAGGAGGAGAGCGGCAAAGACGAGGCUCCAGAAUGGUCGCAAAAGCCAAAGGACUACAAUGAGCAGAACGAAUUGGUCAAGGAGAGUGGAGGACCAUACAAAGAUGGUGAUGAUGGAAGACAUGAGAAGUCAGGAUGA